UGCACAAUUAUACAAUGCAGGAAUGACAGGGCAGAGUUCCCAUAUCGUUAGCCUAAUUUCAUAAUUGCCAAAGUCUGAACGUUUUCGGAAAACAAGAAAAAAAAGAUAGCAAGCAGUUUUAUUGAGUCAAUCAAAAAAUAACAAUUAUACUGUUGGGCUAAAAAUAUGGCUACUUUUUAAGGAUGGUUGGUUGAAUGUAAAUAUUUGUGAAUGUACAUUGUCAGUAAUUUGAACCCUCUUGUUAUGUUGAAGGUAACUGACCAUUUUUAAAGUUUAAAAAUCUUUAAAAAAUAUAUAUAUACAAUACAAAACUUCUUCUGCUUGGUUUAUCUUGCGUAAUCAACAUGUUUAUAUUAUAUAGUACAUCCUGUUCGGGUCAAUUUGACAGGAGUUAGAUGUCUCCCUAUACCAUUGACCUCAUCUGUAAAGUGCAUAGUACUGUUAAUGACUUUCGUCGGGAACCUUUUCUGUUCCUGUGAUCAAAUUCAGCAUUCUACUCAGGAAGGGAGGGCCAAGACAUAUAAAGAUUCUCUGAAUGAGAGUCCUGCCAACUUAACUUCUGAUCAUGAAAUAGAAGCUGUGUCUGAAGAUGAAGACCUUCUUGACAUCAAUUCUAAGUCUGAUAUUUCUGAUAAUGAACCAACAGAGACAGCUGCUAUUUAUAUUCCUCUAAGCAAGACAUAUACAUCAAAAAAAUAGUGAAAUGCAUGGCCUUCAUCCCCAAAUAUGCAUCAGACAAAACUGUCUGCAGAAAACAUAACAAAUGACUCACUUGUCUUGAGCGGGUCAUGUGAUCCUGAACAAAACAGGUUUCCCCCAUCAUAAAAAAAUAAAAUGGAAAACAAAAAUUUUAAACAAUGAAUGUGUAUUAAAACUGCCGUAUUUUAUAUGUCUUAUAUGUUUUUCCGAUGUACAUUUAAAAAAAAAAAAAAAAAAAUGGUCAAAUUGAACCAGAGAAAUCACUGCUGUUCCUGAGAAAUGAACAUAACAGGAGGGUUGAUGGAUUUCAUGAAAUAAAAAUGUAAAUGAAAUAAAAUGUGAUCUUUUUCAUAAGAAUCAUAGGGGUGACCGCAAGCACGUUAGGGUAUCCGAUGCCUGCGCUUGUGUGAAUUUAGUCCUCUUUAUAGCUCUAUAUCGCCAUCCUGUGUUCACACACUGCAACCUGUCUUCCACAAUACUCACUAUACUUGUGAAAAGACCAUCUAUCCAGAAAGUACAUAUUUGCCUCGUUGUCUAGACUUAAGUAUAGUUCAUUAAUUUUAUUUUUAUCAUAUAUACCAAGUUUUAAGGGACACGCGUCGCGUUGUUUCUUGCUUCCAUGCAACCUCUCUGUGGAAGUGCUGCGUCCUUCCAUUGGCCAGCACAUCGACGGGGGCGGGGACAGGCCCACGUGCUUUUUAAAGUCUGUCUUUGCAACGACAAACAUCUUCUUCAGUGCAGCUGGAGAGGGUUAUGGCAGAAAUUUCAGUUCCACACAGGAAGCUUGGAGAGCAUAAUAAAAAAGCCGAGAGAAUAAAAGAGAGGAAGUGUGCGUAUCUGUUGCACAUGGGACUUACUUCAUUGAGAAAACAUACCAUUUGCAUCAAGGACCAACGGCUCACUUCAUUGAUGAGGUCUGAAACAGGAGUCAGAGAGGAGUGACUUGCCCUCACCUACAGUGCUCAGCACUGUCAGAGAAUCCUACGUUUGUCCAAACUUUCUCCACGAGUUUGUCCUGGGAUUAUUCAAAACUGUUUCUCCAACGCUUUUACCAAAAACUUAGACUGUUUUCCAAAGCAGAAUCGGCCCAGCCCUCCCAGGUGGAAGUGAUGGGGAGUGUGCGAAGCCACCGUUACAGCAUUGUGUCCUCUGAAGAAGACGGCAUGAAGUUGGCAACAAUUGCUGUCCCCAAUGGCUACGGCAAUGGCAAUGUCAACAAAGGCCACACAGGGCACCAACAUCAGAGCCGCUUUGUCAGGAAGGAUGGCCACUGCAAUGUGCAAUUUAUCAAUAUGAGUGAGAAAGGCCAACGUUAUCUGGCAGAUAUCUUCACCACCUGUGUGGACAUUCGCUGGCGCUGGAUGCUGCUCCUAUUCUGUCUUUCUUUCCUGUUGUCGUGGUUGUUUUUUGGUUUUGUCUUCUGGGUAGUGGCCCUCUUGUAUGGAGACUUAGAGAAUGAGACUCAGAUGUGUGUCUCCAAUGUGAACAGCUUCACAGCUGCCUUUUUGUUUUCAGUGGAGACCCAAACCACAAUUGGCUAUGGUUAUCGCUAUGUGACAGAGGAAUGCCCUGUUGCUGUUUUUAUGGUGGUCUUCCAAAGCAUUGUGGGUUGCAUUAUUGAUGCUUUUAUCAUUGGUGCUGUCAUGGCCAAGAUGGCAAAGCCCAAAAAGAGAAACGAAACCCUGGUGUUCAGCCACUACGCUACAGUGGCUAUGAGGGAUGGUAAACUUUGCCUUAUGUGGCGGGUGGGGAACCUGAGGAAGAGCCACCUGGUGGAGGCCCAUGUAAGAGCCCAGCUGCUCAAGUCCCGCACCACUGCUGAAGGAGAAUUCAUCCCUUUGGACCAGGUCGACAUCGACGUAGGCUUUGAUAGUGGCAUUGACAGAAUCUUUCUGGUGUCUCCAAUUACCAUUGUGCAUGAGAUUGACGAGGACAGUCCAUUCUACGAGAUGAGCAAACAAGAGUUGGAAACAACAGAGUUUGAGAUUGUAGUAAUCCUGGAGGGUAUGGUUGAGGCUACAGCCAUGACUACUCAGUGUCGGAGCUCCUAUGUGGCCAGUGAGAUUCUCUGGGGCCACCGCUUCGAGCCAGUGCUCUUUGAAGAAAAGAACUACUACAAAGUGGACUACUCUCGCUUUGACAACACCUAUGAGGUGCCCAGCACACCCAACUGUAGUGCCAGGGAACUGGCGGAGAGGAAGUCCAGUGCCUCCAGCUCAAGGAACUCCUUUUGUUACGAGAAUGAAGUGGCUCUUCAGAAAGUUGAGAUGGAGGAGGAGUUUGACGAGGUGAAAAACAGGGACAUGAGCUGUGUUGAGGUUGGUGCACUUGAAGACACAAACACAGAUGUGGUCUCAGACUCUGAAAGCAACUUGGACUCUUUACCUUUGGAGUCAAGGCCUUUGACGGCAGAAUCAGAAAUGUGACUGCAGGUGUAAAGAAGUGUUUAAUCUUACCUGAGGGUAUGUCAAAGUUUGUUUGGACAUUGGUCCUGAUGCUGUUCUAAUAGUGCAUGACAGUUUGUAAAAUCCUGUGAUGAAAUUCUCUAUGCAGAACUCCAUUCAUGUGAUACAACGGAAAACCAAACAUGUUAUAGUGUAUGGCAAGUGAUGUUAAAUUUAUUACUUCCAUGGAUGGCCAGAGGGAUGAAAUGAAUUAGAUGUGUUCACUUACAAACUGUAAAGCCUCUUUCUUGAAUAACAGUAUCUAAUAUACGCUUUCUCAUUAAGCAUUCUUGGUGUACAGUUCUCUUUUUCAGGAGCUGGCAAUCAGCUAAAACAGUUUAAAUGUCUUCAAUCUUAAAAAAACAAACAAAAAAAAAAUAAAAAAACUGAACCUAAAAAGUUCUGAGAUUUGCUUCAUGCCAAGGAGGCAACCUCAAUGUAUGAAUUUUGAAAAACCUUAAGUUUAAUAACUUGUUUUAAAGACUACUAAAUCAACCAACCAGCACAAUACAGUAUCAUCUGUUAAUGAGCUGGUCUCUUGGCAAAGUUUAUUCCUCAGUGUGUUGUUCUCAUGGCGUGUACAGGAAAAUGCUGCCUUGCACAGAAUACGAGGGCAAGUACAUUAUGCUCCUCAAACUAUCAACUUGUAAUUAUAGCAUCUUUUGCAACGUGUGCCUUAAGAAAAGUCAUAGUCCCAGUAGAUGCACUCAGGUGGUUUGGCUUUGACUGAGCACACACUGCAUUAGAUGUCACAGGAAUAAGAAAAAAUAAAAAUAAAAACAUUAACAUGUGAUUCACUGUGCAGUGCACUGCGACUUCUUACAUCUCUUUGUGUUCUAAUGUGCAAUAUUGUUAAGUGGUGGAAAGCGGCAGGAGGCUUGACACUAAGCCAAGGCUGUGAAUGUUGAUGAUAAGUGCUGCUACGUUACAUGCUGUAUGUUCAGACAGAAAUCUAUAGGAGCCAAAAUGUAUUAUUUCUUUUAAUGUAUCCAUUUUCAAGAUUGCAGAUGCAGCCUUUAUUGUUAUUUGUAGCUGUAGAUAAGCAUGAUACUGUCAGUGUGUUUCAAAAACCAGAGAUUUUUCCCAAUAAGAGCAAAACAGUUUUAUUACGUGAAGCCAAAUUUCUACAUGUAUAUAUUUAUAUAUAUGAGACUCUCCAAUGUACCCGUACAUGAGAACUUUCCUUAUCUAACAGUGGUCACACUGAAAUUAGAUCUUAACAUUAUCUACUUUAUGUUAACGUCAUUGUUCUUGCAUGGGAAACAUGUAGGAUUUGGACACAUCCUAGUUAACCCUCUCAGUUAACCGCUGCGGGUCUUGUGAAGUUAUUUGUUAUUUCUGAAUGGGCCCUUGCUUUGUUGUUAUUUAAUUUACAAUCAAAAAUUCUAAACAGAUAGCAAAUGCUUGAUUUCAGUCUUACAGAGCUACCUACUACUCUAGGUGUUAUUGUGACACAUUUAAGCUUUGAUAAAGUCAGUGGAUACCAGAACACUGUAGUGCUUCUCUGGUAAGGAUAUCUAUUAAAACAUUUUAUAUGUUUUCACAAUGAUACUUCUCCUGUGUUAGGGGUUUAUUUUUCUACCAGGGUCUUCCUACCUUCCUGCACAAACCAGAGACUGCACAGAUUUUUUUUAUUUUUUUGUAAAUUAUAAUGCACAUAUUGGAUAUUGCAGUUGUUUAAAACUGUUGAUGUUACGCUUUUUCAAAUAAAAAAAUAAAAAUAAAUCCAAGGUGUUGAUGCAUUAAUUUUAAACGCCACAUUGUGCCUGUGUGAUCUUUUAACUCAUUGACAAUUUAAUUCUAGAUUAUUCUACUCAGCAAAAACAUUCCAGGAGCAGACAUGUUGACCCAAAAUGUGUGACAUAUGGAGCGGUGAAGUGCCGGCCUGUGUCACUUACUGCUACUCUAAUUUGAAGCCAUGUCCCCAGUUCCAGUCUGCUGGCUAUCUCAGACGUCCUGGCAUCAUU